AUGGCUCAAGCAAAUACGAAUUCACCCGUCACUAAUAAUGAUGAUGAAGAUGCUGAUGAUUUUUUCGGUGAUCGAUCAGCUGAAUACAAACAAAUUCAAAAUGAAAAACAACAAGCUACAGAUCAUUGUGCAGGUCAACAUGACAAACUCAAAGAUAAAAAACAAUCAUUAACUCAAGAAAAAAAAGAGCUCGAACAAAAAAGUGAUAUUAUAUUAGAUGAAAGGGCUAAACUACUCGGUGCACUAGAACAACAAGCUGAACAAAUGAAAAAAAUAGAAGAAGAAAAAACAGAAUUAUAUUUAAAUCAAUUAAAUAAAACCAAAACUGUUGCUCUCGAAGAAGCAAACAUCAAAGAUCAUCAAAUAAAAGUACCCGAACUAGAACGUGAAUUAAAUGAAUACACAAAAGUACUUAGUGAACUUAAUGGUGAACAGCAAGAACUAGAAAAACAACUAUCAGAGGUUCGAGAUAAAGAAAUUGAGAAUGCUAAUAAACAAAAUUAUCUACAAUUGUCACAACGUGAAUUAAAAAAACAGAUUGAAUUAAUUGCACAAGAACUUUGUGAAAAUGAAAAACUUCUGAGUAUUGAAAUCGCUCGACGUGAAGAAUUAGAAAGAAAAAUUGAAGAAUUACAUCGUGAAAUUGAAAAACAUGAAAAAGAAAUUAAGGUCAUUGAUAAAGAAAUUGAACGAUUAAAUGAACAACAACGUAUUUUAGAACGAGAAAAGAAAAAUUUAGAAAAACAAAUUCAACAAUUAAACGUAACUAUUGUCAAAUUACAAGCUAUUCUUAAAGAUAAAUUAGAAAAAGUUGCUCGUCUAGAAGAAGAAAUUAGAAAAAAUGAAGAAAAAAUCAAAGAAUUAACAAAAGAACUUGAAGAAUUACGUGCACAAAUGCAAGUGACCAAUGAAAAAUUAGAAAAAAUCAAACAAGAUUUAGCCAAUGCCGAAGUACGAUUUACACAACUAGAAGAACAACGAAAAGAAUUAGAAAAUGAACAACGCCGACUUGAAAAAGAACUUCAAAAUUUCGAAGAUGAACGUGUCAAACAAACGAAUGCAUUUAAUAGACUUCAACAAAAAUUACUUGACGUCGAAGAAUUAUUUCAUCGUGCCGAUGCAAAUGUUAAGCAACAUAAACAACAAAAACAACAACAAUCAGCCGAAGUCGAACGAUUAGAAGGUGAACGUGAUCGUCUUGACACAGAGGUAAAUAAACGGACUGAAGAAUGUAAUAAUUUACGUGAAAAAAAGGAAACUGCUAUACAAGAUCGACAAACUGCUGAAGCAGAACAUAAAGAAGCUGAAAGAACAUUAGUUCAACUAAAAAAACUCGAACGUGAACAUAGCAAUCUAUAUGACAAAGCUGUACAUGAAGAACAACGCUUACAAUCACAAUUAAAUCAAGCUCGACUUGAAGAAACACAAGCUGCACAACAAGAAGCUACUGCCAAAGCUCGAGUAGACAAUUUAGAAUCUAUGGAAAUGCUUUGGAGUGCACUCGGAUCAUUACAUAUUCCGUUUCUAUCCGGUAUAGGACAAGCCAAACAACAAGAAUUGAACAGAGCUCGCGAAGAUCUGAGUCGAGCACAGGACAAACAUGAAAAUAAAAAAUCAAAGGUGAGUGAACUUUGUGAUAGACAUAAGGCUGCCAAACAUAAUGUUGCCGAGUGUAGAAAGCAACAUAGCGAUACGAAGAAAGAACUUGCUAAUCAAAAUACUAUUGCUCUACAAAAAUCAACAAAAUUCACUCAAUGUAAAACUAAUGCUGAACAAUUGAUUGAACAACAUCGAAAUGCUACUAAACGACAAAAACAAUCAGAAACAGAUUUACGCAUGGUAAAUAAUAAAUUACAACGAGCUCAAGCAAACCUUACUACGACUACAAAUGAUUUACAACGUUUUCAACAAGAAAGAAUCACAUAUGAUAAUCAAAGAAAUGAUUUAAAAUCGAAUGUAGAAGAUUUGAAGCUGGAAAUUGAGCAACAUCAAAGAGUCAUUAAUGAACAUAAAGAAGUUAUGAGAGCAAAUCAGACAGCAUUGUCGACAACGACAGACGAAUGUCAGCAACAGAAACUCGUUGUGCAAAAACUCAAAGGUGAACGUGAUAAUAUCCAACGACAAUAUGACGAUAUGAUCAAUUCCGAAAAAGCAAAAAUGCGUGAUGUGACCCAUCUGCAAACAUUAAUUGAAGCCGAAGGAAAAAAAGUUGAAGAAUUACAAGCUGAUAUAGAUAUCAAGAAAAAAGAACUCGAAAAUCUCAAUGAAAAACUUAAAUUGACAAAUGAAGAGUUAACACAAGUUACUGAAAAUGGCAAAGCAUUAGCUGAACGAAAGGAUAUUUUAAAGAAAAAUCUUCAAGAGAUGCGCACUCAAUUAAACAAUGUCGAACGUGAAUAUCAGGAUGCACGCUCAAAGAUUCAAAUACAAGAUGAAAAAGUUCAAAAUCUUCGUCAGAAAAUCGAUUUGUUAAAUACACGUGAUGCUAAGUUAUCCGCUGAUAUACAACAUAUUGAAGGUAAAUUACAACAAAAGACACAACAAAUUCAAGACAAUAACAAAUUGAUGGAUGAUAUCAAAGAAAAAAUGAAUAAAGCACAGAAAGGACAAGAAAAUGCACAAAAAAUAAUUCAUAUAGCAAAAGAAGAAUUAUCAUCAAUACAAACUGAUAUUGAAAAAGUAGAUAAGCAGAUCGUUAAAAAUGAACAAGAUUUUGCUGUAACGCGUGAAAAACUUCGUCAGUCAAAUGAAACAUUUGCUGGAAAUGAAGAAAUUAAAAAGGCUAAUUAUGAAAAACUUGAAAAACUUGAAAAAUCAAUGACCACUCUCAAAAUAUAUCAUUGUGAAAAACAGAAAGAAUAUCAAGAACAAAUCCAUAAUCUUGCUCAAGAGAAAAUCAAGGAACAGGAACAAAGACAUGUUGCUGUUGAACAAAUUCGACGAAGAAAUUGA